CAUGACAAGGGAAUGUAAAGAUGGCUACCCACGGAAGAGGUAAUAGGGAAACAGAGAGGAGGAAGAUCCUAGACGAUGCAGCAAGGAAACGCAGAGCUAGAAAAGCUGUUGAGGCCCUCGAACAAGACAAUUUCCAUGAAGACCCACAUGCUGACCUGGUUAUGUCGAAGAAGGUGCCGAAAUUCGCAGAAACUAAUGAAAAACCUACCAGAAAGAAGAAGACCAAAAGUGCUGAGUACUAUAAAAUGCGAUUUCGUAAGACUUUUGCGCAGUUAGUUGAAGAAGAUGCAAGUUUUAGACCUGACCCGCCCAACUACCUGUCUGCACAAGUGCCACCUUCUAAAUUUCCCGAUCGACAUUUCUGUGCUGUAUGUGGUUUUCCAUCGAAUUACACUUGCAUACCUUGUGGAGCUCGUUACUGUUGCGUUCGCUGCUUGGGAACACACUUAGACACGAGGUGCCUCAAAUGGACAGCUUAAUCCUCCCUUUUUUUAAAAUAAAUACUUUUUUCGAAU